AUGGCGUCUUUACAGCAAGUCGACGACGAUCUCCAGAGUCGCCUGACCUCUGUUCUCCCUUCAGGCUACGACUUUUCCAUCUACCACAUCUCGACGCCUCCCACAAAGACCGAACCUCUUUACUCUCCUCCCCCGAACGAGCGCCCUGAACGAACCUACUGCGAGAAUCACUUCCUAGCCGUGUCCAUUGACGCACCCGCGCAAGCCUCCGAAUCGAAAGACGCCGAAGCUGUGGAUGAGCCCAAGAAGCAAGUUCUAGUUCUUGGCGUCGAGGUUUUUAUCUACACGACUGCUCGAUCGACGACCCUCUUCGUCUCUAAAGCUGACUCUACGGGGUACCUCAACCUGCUGGAGCUUCCCAAGGGAACUUCUAGUCCGAUUAGGGAAAUAUGCGCUGCGUUUGUUGGAUUUUUGAUUGAGAAGCGGAGGAGAAAGGAUAUUCAGUUCGUUGUCAACUUGUUCGCCCGCGCGCAGGAUCAAUAUCUCUUCCCUGGAAGUGUCGACUACAGUGGGAAGCAUGUUCUGGACGAUCGAGGGCUUAUCAAGUGGUGGUGUCGUGUGCUGGACCCCCUUCUCGGUACAAAAACAUGGAAGAGCGCAAGGGGAUACAUUGUCGUCCCGGGUCUGGAGACGUACGAGACUCGAGCCCUGACGCCCAGGAGCGCCGACUCUCGCUGGGAGUUUACGCAUCCUCUGGAACGCAUCUCGCACUACUCCAAGGAGUUUGACUGGGUUCCUCCAAGGUGUCUGAUUCCUCACUUUCCGGAUGAUCCCAAGUCGAGGUUCUGGGAUGAGCUUGAGGAGGAGGCUGCGAGCUCGCAGGCGAUGAAGACGACGGGGAGCUGGAAGAGCGUCAAGACGUUGGAUAUGUUUUGGGAGAUGAUGGCGUAUAGGCAAGAGUGCUCAAGUGGACGUAUGACCGGCUUUAUUUGGCUCGUCUUUGGCGAUGAGGAAGAAGUUCAACCUCCCAAGUCGAACGAGUCGUCCCAGUCGACGCUUCCAGCACCAGAGACACCGAAGAAGCAGCGCAUCGCUCAGAUCACACCAAACACCACUCCGAGAAAGCUCUUCCCCUCAAAGACCGACGCCGAGGAAAAGGUCAAGCCGAAGAAGAAGGCCAAGAGAAAGACCCUAAAGGGUCCGGUUAUUGCUCGACAACCUCGUAUCAAGACCGAGAACCGCAAUUACCUCCUCGACAAGCCUGCUACGACGGCUUAUUACUCGUGGACGCCCGAAGGUCGGGGUGAGAGGAUUGUGGAUGAGAAUGACUACAAACGCCUCGUAGAACUGCUGCUUCACCUGGACUUUGCAACCCUUAACAAGGCUGUGGGUAGCACCCGUCGCUGGGUCAGUGAGGUCGGCGGAAGAGCCAAAUGGGGUGUCGUUGUCAAGGGCACACGGGAGCCCGUAAAGGUUGAAGCUGCUGGUGACAAGCAGGUCAACAAUCUAUCCGGUCUAGUCAAGAGGAAGAGAACGGAUUCGACCACCGACGAUGGACCCGGCAAGGUUAACGUCCUUGCAGCCGGAUUGGUCAAGAAGAAGCCAAAGGAGGAUGCUGGUGUUAAUGUUCUUUCUGCUGGACUUGUGAUGAAGAAGUCCAAGGAAUGA